AAAUUUUCUUUUGAGAAGGGCAUCCCCAAAGUAAAGGCUACGUCAUCGAAUAAAGUUGAUGACUCAUCAUUGUUGUGCUCUCGUUUCACACAAGCAAGAAGGCACUUUUUACACUUGCUUGAAUUUCAAUUUCUCUACCCCAAAAGACAUUUCUAUUCUGACUUCUGUCAAUGUGUGAUUUUAAUCUGUCAAACGUUCAACAAUCAACAAGGUCGCAGUGUUGGAUUUUUUUAGUGGAUCAACAAAUAUAGUGUUGAUAAACGCGGAACUUAGUUGUUUUGAACAUUAUUAACAUCGUUUUGGACUAGUCAAUUACGUAAAUAAUUUUUUUGUGAUAAACCAUAGUGUCUUUAAGGAAGAACUCAUGACGAUGAAGCUGGAGAUUAGUGAUAGUCAAUCCAAUCACUCAGACUUCUCUUGUGACGACAGUCAGUCAAGUCAAGGAUCCUCCACAAAUGAUUUUGCAUCUUCAGUGUCGACUUCAAGAGCCUUGCUCACGCUGGCGAACCUCGAGGGCCUCCAGUCGGGGGUCCCGACACGCACCACGGCCACCAUCACCCCCACACAGUUGCGCAACUUCGAGCAGACUUACAUCGAGUUGAGCAACUGUCGCAGUGACCAGGCGAACCACGCGGGCUUCGUCCCGCCUUCUGUCUCGCACGCCAACAACUACGGCAUCCUGAACACGGUGGGGUACGGCGACCCGACGAGCACGGCGCUGCACGUGUCGCCGGGGCCGCUGUCUGCCAGCGGGGACAGCAGCAGCAGCCCCGGCCUGCCCGCGCCCAAGCGCCGCAACAUGGGCGGCAGGAGGCCCGCCAAAGUACCCCAAGACCUCUCCCCCGAGGAAGAGGAGAGGCGGAAGAUACGCCGCGAACGAAACAAAAUGGCCGCCGCCCGAUGCCGCAAGCGGAGACUCGACCACACCAACGAACUUCAAGAGGAAACAGACAAACUAGAGGAGAAGAAACAGUCGUUGCAAGAAGAGAUUAGGAAGCUGAACGCGUCUAGACAGAACUUGGAGACGAUACUGCAGAAUCAUUUGCAGUCGUGCCGUUUGAAGAACACCAGGUCUGUGAGCCCGCCGGAGGUGAAGCCGUUCCAGCCGUACCCGUAUCAACUGCCGGAUGACGAAGUGAAGGUCAAAGUGGAGACGAUGGACCCCACCGUCGACUUAGGGUUAACAGACAACGAUCUGUUCUCGUCGAUUCCAGACCAAAAGAUAAUGCUGUCAUCGGCGAACCCGUCUGUGUUGUGCGGGUCCCCCCCUCCCGCGCUGGCUACGCCGCCGGCGCCCCCCGCGCGCCCACUGCGGCCCAGCUUCCUGCACGUGGCUGCGCCCGCGCAUCCCGGUCAAGUAAAGGCGCACAAGCUAAAAAUCCUAGCGAACAACAACUCUGUCCCGGGCGUGGAAAUCUCUACGCCCAGCAACGGCAUCCCGUUCAACUUCGACAGCCUGAUGGAGGGCGGCACGGGGCUGACGCCGGUGCACCCGCACCCGCACCCCUGCUCGCAGCAGCAGCGCGCCGCGCCCGAGGCCGCGUCGCCGGACGCGCAGGCGCACCUCGUCAGCCUCUGAGGCUGGCCCGCCUCGCCCGGCCUCGACCUCGACCUCGAGGCCUUCCUGCAACUCGCGUGACGACCUCGUACAUAUUCCUGAAUACAAAUCGAUAUGAGACAAUAGAAAGCCGAAUGUGGGAGUGAUGUCUCGUCGCACACAGUUUUCAGCGCGGUUGUAGAAAUUGACCGAAUUUGAAACUUCGCAGGAAAAUGUGUGCGAUAUAACUUAGUAUGAAAUGCAAGAAUACGUAGUGUCACAAUACUGUAGUUCGAAAGUGCAACAUGGCGUUUCUAUUGUCUAAUAUUAUUCCGAUUCGUAACCCUAGUUCCACUCAAAGACUUUUUUGGCGACCCUACGCCUUCUACUAAGUUCUUCAAAGACUUUCUCGACCUCUCUCUACUUUCUAUCGCCACGCUAUUUAUUGUGACUUGGUAACGUACUUGCUCACUGUGUGCUAUAUUAUAACCGUCGGCCUUCACGAGUCAAUUUGUCUAUUUUUAUAUACGAUAUAUCGAAUAAUUAUUUCAGGGAUCGUUUGCUAGCGAUAGGUUGUAGAACGGCACCGACGUUUGAUCCUCCAUGUUUCUUGUCAUAAUAAACUUUGUGCCAUUGCCUACGUCUACUCUCAGAUACAAUGAUUGCGAGUACGAAAUAUUUAGUUAACCAUAAACUAACAGCAAUAUUACUUAAAGAUUAAUUAAUAUAUUGAUUGUAAGUUAGCUCAAUGUUGAUGUAACGUCGUACCGUUCCAUUGGUUAGGUACAGAGGCCUGAAUUAUAACGCAAUCGAUUAAAGUUCGAUAAAUUUUUUUUCUAAGGUUCGAUUGGAAAGCGCCUAUUUUGAAUAGACUUUUUUUCGAUUACGUUUGGAUCGGACCUCUGGUAAUGUAGCAUUAAUGUUAAGCGAUUCAUGUGAUACGUCCAGUGAUGUGCAUUCACUAUGUUGUUGUGUCAUGUCUGACUCAUGCUAGCCGCCGGGUACGGCGUGAUGACGUACUCGAACACUUUUGGACGAAAAUAUUUUGUAACGUUACUCUGCACGUUUUAGAAACAUAUAUUAGAAUAGAUGAUAUCUAGAAUACUCGGAGACAAUAUAUUUUUUACCUUGGCAUGAGUUGUGUGGCGGUCAAAGCAAUAAGGCCACUGGAGAUACAUUAGGUUAAGAAAUAAUUAGUCUAAGAGCACUUAACCUUUAAUUGUAAUAAUCAUAACUUAGACCAAAUUAUUACUUUUUAUGCUUUAUCCGUAGGUGUAAUUAAAAUCUAAGCCAAAAAUUGAUUUUAUGUCGUUAUUUUUAGAUUAAAUUAGAAUUCAUUUACUUUGAAGUAUUAUUAUUGGUGAGGAGCUAAGUAUUUAUUUGAAAUUGUGGUGAACCGCCGCUCGGAAAGCCCUGUGCUAGCACCCGUCUGUGCCUAUCUUUAUUUAAUUACAUUUUGUAUAAACGUAUUAAGCAUUCGAAAUAUUACGCAUAAUAUGAAACAUCUAGAGAAUAAGAGAGAUGUAAUUUUUUCUAGUGGAUUUUUCUUAACGCAAUUAUAUAAUACUUUUGUAUUUUUUCAUGAAAUUUAGCAAAGCAAUAUAUUUGAUAAAAUUAUUGAAAAUUAUGCCCAGAUUAUAGUGAAAAUUAUUAUAUAUGUAAAUCAGAAAAUAUAAAUUUGUUACAUACACCUGAAA